GAUCAGUAAACGACUGUCUAUCUAUAUAUCUAUCUAUCUGGUAUCCUGAAUUUGCAAGUGCCUAGGCAACGACCAAGGUUCAGAUAUGAAGGUCAUUCUACUGCUUGCCAUCAUUUUCAGUACCAGUUAUGCAAACGAACUCAAGGUUUGUAGCUUUAGCGAGGGGUGCAAACUCUACACCAUGUUCACCAAUGCGUUCGUAAACUACGACGAUGCAAAAGAUCUGUGUCAAAAUAAUGCAAUUAUACCAGGCAACGACUUAUUGACCAUCCGCUCACAAGAGGAAUUCCAGUUGAUUCGUAGAAAAAUGAUCGCUAAUGAAAUGCACGUGAAAGACUCAUCUGCACCUGCAAACGGUUACUGGAUCGGUCUUGAUGACAUUGGACAUCAACAAGAUUUUAGAUGGGACGAUGGGACAUCACCAACUUUUACUCCAUGGGCUGAAAACAACCCAAACAAUCUAUUUGGAGACCAAAACUGCGUGCAAUUAUGGAAAAAGGCAAUGCUCAAGUGGGAUGAUGAUUUCUGUUACAAACAAAAAGAUGUUCUGUGUGAAAAAGACAUAUGCCAAGGCGAUGCAUAGAUUGACGUUACCAUGGUUAUAAGCGUUGUUUUUCUCACUUCAUGCGUACAAGUACGUUAAAUCAGUGGACAACUAAAUACUUCAUAUAACUAUAUUCGACAAAUUCUUUAUCGAUUCUGUAAAAUGCUGGUACAUUAAAGUGUUACGUAAUCGAAAA